AUGGCUCAAAUUCUUUCAAACGCAGAAGAAAAUACUCUUGUACGAUGGAUUUCACGACUUACUAUCACUGGAUUCCCUGCUACACCUAUGUUGGUGAAGGAAAUGGCCGACGAAAUUCGUCUUCGACGCGUUCAGGUCGCGUCAUCUCGAAUUCCUACCUCGACAGAAAUUCCACCUAUAGGCCACGAAUGGAUCUAUAGAUUCCAAAAACGACAUCCAGAACUUAAAACAUACUAUUCAUAUCAAUUAGAGUCUAAUCGGACUAAAGAGACAACUCCAGAGAAUAUUCAGGCUUGGUUUGAUACAUUUCGUAUAUAUCUCAUUAAACGAAAGUAUGAAUUAGAUGAUAUGUAUAAUAUAGACGAAACCGGAUUUGGAAUUGGAAAUACUCAAAGUACGUGUAUUAUAGUCGAUUCUACUCAGAAAUCGAAUUGGAAAGUUACAGCUGGCAAGCAAGAAUGGAUAACUGUAUUUGAAUAUGUCAAUACAAUUGGAAAGGCUCUAUUAUCUAUAAUCAUUUUCAAGGCUCAGAGUACGAAUUCUACAUGGAUUCCAAAGGACAUGUCUCAAAGCUGGCAGUUUUCUACGAGUACGAAUGGAUAG